AUGCCGGUGAUUGGCCUGGGCGAGUCCAUCCCUUCUGAUACAGCACAUGCUGUCAGUGUCUCUCUUCCAACUUGGAAAGCCAAUGUUGGAUACGAAGAGGGUGAAGAUUGGGUUGUGAACCGUAUGACUACAGGUUACCCUCGAGGCAUUCAGGCUUUUGCCAAAGAAAUCGUGGAUCGUUAUGGCAGUCCUGGCCAGCAAGCCAUGCUCUUUCCUACACCGCGAGUAGCGAAGCGGUGUCUGGAUUUUCUAGUCCAACGGAUCUCUCCUGAGCUGGCGAGUCAAGUCCGCAUCUUCGACUUUGCUCUUGACAAGUCAAAGGAGCUCUCUCCUGUAUUGAAGAAACUCACCUCCACCAUCUCUGCUGUGCUUUACCCCUCUGAUGUAUUUCCUAUUGCAAAACAGUACUGGCAACAUACUGGAGAGGGUACCUCUAGCAGGCGUGCUGAGUUUUGUCAUGGUCUCUUCAAGGAUGACCUUCUUAUCCCAGGUGUCCGCACGCGGACCCCUCCCGAGGUUGUUCAAAGCAGGCCCUUCCGUGGCCCAAGACGCUACACUCGCCCUGGCUCAAUCGAUGGUGCGUCUUCUCCAAUACCUACGGCACCUAAACGAACUUCCCCAGAUAAUCCAGUGGAGUCUAUUGAGAGUUCGACGUUCCUCGAGGAACGUUUUGGUAGAAACCUUGACCUGUCCAUGGUUGAGCGUGCCAAGUCUGCGAUUCGUAGACGUAUUGCGGGUGCUAUGGCUCACGAGGUAGACAUGAACAACGGUCCGCUACCAGCCAUGACAUCCAACACUCGCGGCAUACCCAGCCUCGAAGAGACCGACGUCUACCUUUACCCUGCUGGCAUGAACGCCAUCUUUAAUGCCCACCGUGCGCUUCUCCAUGCAAGGGUGCCGGCCGAGAGCAUUAAUUUUGGUUUCCCUUACGUCGACACGCUCAAAAUUCUCCAGAAGUUUGGUCCUGGCUGUCUCUUCUACGGCCAUGCAUCGCCUGAAGACCUUGAUGAUCUGGAGGCACGAUUGAAAAAGGGCGAGCGGUACCUAGGCCUCUUCUGCGAGUUCCCUGGAAACCCCCUCUUGACAUGUCCUGACCUUACCCGUAUCCGCAAACUUGCCGAUGAGUACGAUUUUGCUAUCGUAAUUGACGAAACAAUAGGCACCUUUGCCAACAUCAACGUCCUCCCCGUUGCAGACAUUGUUGUCAGCAGCUUGACCAAGAUUUUCUCCGGCGAUUCCAACGUUAUGGGCGGGGGUCUUGUCCUCAACCCUGACAGCAAGUACUAUCGAGCGCUCAAGGCAGCCAUGGAGGAAAUCUACGAGGAUAAUUACUGGCCUGAAGAUGUUGUCUUCAUGGAAAGGAACAGCCGCGAUUAUGAAUCCCGCGUGGUACGCAUCAACGCGAACUCCGAUGCCAUUUGUGAGGUGCUACGGAAUCAUCACCUUGUAAAGCGGAUAUACUACCCCAAAUCCAAUGAUUCCAGGGAGCACUAUGAAAAGUUCCGGCUCCCCGAUGGAGGAUAUGGCGGUCUACUAUCUGUUGUGUUUCGACACAAGGAGUACGCCCAGGCGUUCUUCGACGCCUUGCCUCUGGCCAAGGGGCCGAGUUUAGGAACCAACUUCACACUGGUGUCUCCAUAUGUUCUCCUGGCACAUUAUCAAGAGCUAGAAUGGGCCGAGUCAUUUGGCGUCGACCCGUAUCUCAUCCGUGUCAGCGUUGGAUUAGAAGACACUACUGAGCUUGGUGACAUAUUCACAGACGCCUUGAAGGCAGCCGAAGCCGUGACAGUUACAGGCUGA